AUGAAGCCGUUGCUCAACCUGACCUUUUGUCCUACUGGUUUCAACGAUGAGGAUACUUCACGGUCAGUUUCAAAGAAAAUUUUAAAACUUGGUGGUUUUUACUCCAGGGAUCUAACGCGUCAGGCAAAUGUAUUGGUCAUCGGUAAGACUAGACAGACAAACAAAUACCGAUUCACCGUUAGAUAUCGGCAUGAUGUGGUCUUCAUCGAUUUGCAGACAAUAGAUACAUUGUACGAGAGAUGGCUUGCCGGGGAUGACAUUACACAGAGUGGCAGCUUAAAGCCGGGGAUCAGCUCUACUGAAAAUAUAUUGAAUCUAUUGAGAUCAAGAUACAGUGCUCCACCACUGGCAGAUUUCUAUAUCUUCAUCGGCAGAAUCGCUUCAUACCCUGUAGAUCAGCUUGAAUCGAUGUGCCAGGCUAUGAAAUGCUACAAAUGCAACUCUUCGCAUUUUGUCAAGGAUUGCAAGAGCCGACAUGAUCAGAAGACUGUCGUUUUUAUCUCUGAUACUUUACAAGGUGCCCGAGUACAGGCUGCUAUUGAACAGGGUAUUCCGAUUGUUCAUUACAAAUGGAUUCUCGAUUGUCAAAGGAGAAAUGCCACGCUCGAAUACGACCCCUACUAUCUAGUUUCUAAUAUUCCUGAGAAUACACCUUUCGAAAAGAUUGGUCGUGAAUCUUGUGAAUGUUGGGGCGAUUUGAUUAAUCCACCACCUUUGUUACAGGGAACAGCUGCAGUCAACCCAUCUGUGAAUUUAUUUCAAAAAUUCAAGUCAAAAGGUGACAAAAUAUGGGAAAAAGCAAUGUCCAAAUCUGAACCACCUCCGCCAUUAGAUGACAGCUUAGUACGACUUCCGCCGCCAGAACAAACUCUGAAUGAUGAAUCGCGCGAAGACUCAAUCUUCAAAAGUUCCACUUUCCACAUCUCUAAGCAAUUUCCUGAGUCUCACUCCGAGAUUUUACGGCGGGUCAUUGAUCAGAAUGGUGGAUUACUUUUGUCAGAUUCACAGUAUCUGGUUGUACCAAGUAACGUCCCACUUGAUUGCAUGGAAGAGGCGGAAUCAGAUCAAACUUUAGUAACAGAGUUUUUUAUCGAACGAUGCCUUCAUUAUAAGACCCUCAUUUCGCCACCAGACUCGUGGUCUAAGCCGUUCCUCAGAACAACCGAUGUUCGAAUACUACCAUCUCCCACUUUACUGCAUGAUGAAUCUCAGCCUUUACAGGUCGCUAUCACCGGCUUUCAUGGGGUUGAACUAUUGCAUUUGAACAAGAUCUUGAAAACUAUGGAACCAAUGGGGAUAAAUUUCGUCGAGUAUCUGAACAAGAAAACAGACCUUUUAUUGAUAAAUCUCCCGUCAUUGCCAAGCAUUCCGCAUGACCACCCUCUCUGGAAGAAUCAAUAUCGCGACUUAUUCACCACCCAACUUGAAUGCGAUAACAACAUAUCAAAUCAAGUCUUAAGAAACUCUCUGAAGAGAAAAAUUCAGUUCGUGAAGCAGGAACAUUCGAUUCCAGUGGUGACACCUGCGUUCUUGAUCGAUUUGUUCGCACAUACUUCGCAUUUGAAGACGAAAAAACAGACUGUUUUCCUCAACAACAUAAGUUGGUGUAUUAUAUGCCCAAGAGGAGCCAAAGAAAGUUUCACUAUUGAGUUAACUUCAAAUGAUGCGUCCGUCGAAUACACGAUGGAUAAAGAGUCAAGAAAUGUAAGGAAAAGACACAGUGCAACGCCUCCAAAUGAAGCCAAGAAGAAGAUCCAUCUUCCAAACAAAGAACUUGAUAGACAGGCAGACCCGCCAGCUUUUAGUACGUGA